GCCCCCUCCGCGGUUCCACCUAGACCCCACCCCCCAGUUCCACCUCUGCCCCUGGCGACUCUCUCCCUAUGUCAGAGCUCAUUCUCCCACUCUAGCUGCUGUUUUCAUGCUGGGCUGGGAGUGUAUAUCCCGGGAAGUGUGUAUUGCACUGUCUGCUCUAUUCCGAGUUUAACGCGGUCUUUGGAUUACAGCAAGUGGAUCUGAAGUAAAGGCAGUGUGAGCCCAUCUGUAGAGCAUCAGGGCAAUUCUGCACGUAGUAGUGCAAAAAAUGAGAGCGCAUUCUCUCGGCCUAGAAUGCACACAGCCAUCACAUUAAACAGCCAGGGUGUGAAAAUGUCUGUGUGCAGCGAAUUUGUGGAACACAUUUGGAAACCUGGAUCCUGCAAGAACUGCUUUCACCCACGAAGUGACCACAGACAGUUACAACCACUCUCUGAUGGGAAAAACGGAAACCUACCAGCAUUGCAUAGCCUUAAUGGGAUUAAACUUAAACCUGACAUCAGUCAGGAUGAAGAUACUGUAAUAGCGUCUUUGUAUACCAAACCCACGAUUGCUGUGAAACCAACCAUGCUUACCUCAGAUAAUGAGAUGUGGACAGAGAUUAACAGCACCGAGACCCUAACUCAGGUUAGUUGGAAGAUGUCUCAGACAAGCAAUUCUCUUCUGAAAUCUGGGGAUAUUUCUAAGUCAAUCCUUGAUAAUUUCAACAAGCCCUUCAAUCAGAAGUUCAGCGCUUUCAAUGACAAUACUCCCAGCUAUGUUUUUAAUGGACUAAAGAGCCCUGACAGAAAGAUGGGGAUAAAUGCUGUGAAUAACCUAACCUAUGUGAGCCACUUUAGUGGUCAGUCUGAUAAAGCAACCUUUAUUAAGGAGAAAUUGCCCAUUACCUUUGAACAAACUACUAAUGGAAACCUAGUUAAUGGAGACAUAAAGAAAUUAAGCUGCAUUCAGGAAGAAUCUACGUUACUUUCUUUAAAAAGCAGUAGUGGUUGCUCCUCUGGAACUCUAUCCUCUACAGACAGGAACACUCCACCUGGAACUUUACUUACAAGAGGCACUUCAGUACCUCAGGGAACCGGUAAAUCUGGAAUGGGACUGUGUAAUUUGGAUAACCCAACACCUAUAAAGCCUGCUAGAAAAUUUCAAGAUAAAAACUGCUUAAAAAGCUUAGAGCUGGGAUCUAGUAAGAACCUGAAUUGCAGCAGUCCUAAAGUUACACUUCAUUCUGAGUCAGAUGCCCUGACAAACAAUUUGUCAUAUACCUUUACAAAGGACAACCCUCUUGGAUCACCUCCAUACAAAGAUUCCCAGAUUUCUGAGUUUCACUUAUCUAAGGAUUGCAGGAAGAAUCUAGUAAAACACUCCCAGCGGCUCACACACCCAGAGGAACAUCUACAGUUCCAAGCUGAGGGAACUAACAGAGAGCCCAUUUAUGCAGAGAGCACAAAAAGGAAAGGAGUUUUAGGUAGGUUGGAGAUCAAGCCACAAUCUCAAAGGAAUUCAGAAAAAAAUGUUAUACAUCAAGACAGUCCUGUUGGUGAAGAGAAGCAAGAGAUUACUACAACACAAGUUGCUGCCAAAAUUACAGUGAUGGCAGCUCAUACAGAAGAAGAUAAUAGAACAAUAUUUUUGAGCAGUCCAGAUUCAGCAGUGGGGGUUCAGUGGACAUGUAGUAGUCCAUUAUCCUCUUCAGAAAAUGCAAAUAUGUCACCAUUUGUCUGGGGAGAGAGAAUCCAAGGAAGGCAAGAAAUAAAAGCUGUUGAGGUAAAUAAAAGGUAUCUUGGUCCUUUAUCUCCUAAAAGCCAAGGAAAUAGCAUUACUGCUGUGUCCUCCAUGCUCGUAAAACCAGAGGAGUGCGCUAGUUUGAAACUCUCAUCACCAACCCACACUGCUGGAAUUUUACAUUUGUCUUCUCAAAAAAAGGAAUCACUUGAGGUAAAUGACAGGUGUCUGCAAUCUACAGAGCGAAGGCACAGGUACUAUCAGGCACAAUGGAGCAGGCAGUGUAAAAUUGAUGAGGAAGAGGAGGAGGAAGUGUCAGUCUCCCAACCUUCAAGGAUAAAUGUGGUCAGCAAUGGACAACUAACAAAGUCAAGUUUUAAUUAUGAGGAAAAAUCCAGUGUGGAAGAGCAAAGAAUAAGGAAAGGAAUGAGUAAAUCUGCUUCUUGUCCUGUAGAACUGUCUAAAGCAAACCAUGAACAAGAUGAUGCCAGUCAGCCCCCCCCUCCUCCACCUAAGAAACAGACACGGCAUCCUCAACAGAUGAAGAAGAGUAGCACUGAACUGGAAGUGGCAAGCCUUGGCUCAGUGGAGAGUCUGGGAGAGUCAUUUAAGGCCACAAAUGUUUCAAAUGUGAACGUCAGUUUCAGCACUGGCUCCGUAGACAGCCUUGAUUCCAGGACAUGCAGCGAAGAAGGUCACUCUUAUGAAGCAGUGAAUUCACCUUCUGUUUCUCCUGGAGGUGAAAAGAAACAUUUCACUAAGAUCUUAUCUCUGGAUUCUGGGCAAGAUUCUCAACAUGGAGCCAUUCAACCACCUCCUUUGCCUAUGAAAAAAUCAAUGAAUAGAGCAUCUUCAGUACCAGACAAUUCCGCUUUGGGAAGGACAAAUGUUUCAAGAACUUUAUUGAACUUAAACAACCAACGAUACAAUCUUAGCCAAUCAGAAAACAAUGUAUGUGGAGAGAUAGCAACACAAUCCAGUUUACUUUUAAGUCCUGGAGAAAAACAUGUAAUGUUUUCCUCCUCUGAAUCCCUAGAGAAGUGUUGCAGAGGUAGCGGGCACAGAAAUGAAGUAAGAAGCAGGAACUCAGUUCAGGGGAAAGGUCCCCAUGCUUUUUCUUCCUCUCAGUUGAGUGUUUCUAGUCAUAGUACCUCAGGAUCCAGCCUUCAGCUCCACCACCUGCUGAGCAACAUUGAUAGCAAAGAAGGAAUGUAUGGCAAACUUAGCGGACUUUAUGCUCAGUCCAUGCGCCGCUUAGUGAACAAAUGUGAAAACCAUUUUAUGAGGGGACAAAAACAAGAACACCACUUCAAUGAAAACAAUUGGUCACUCUUUAAGUUAACAAGUAACAAGCCAUGCUGUAUUGCUGGGGAUGCCAUUUACUAUUGUGUCACAUGCUCAAGAGAUCCAAAUAACAGCUAUUCUGUAAAGAUGUGCAAGGCAGAGGAUACAAAAUCUCAAUCAAACCUGUCACUCCCAGUCCAUUUUAAUAUACAGCAAGACUGUGGAAAUUUUGUGGCUACUGUUCCAUCAAGUAUGUUACAUCCACCCAACAUACCCAAGGGUCCUUCUUCUAAUGAGAGUUCACAGACUGUGGGCCCAGCUAGUGAGCAGGAGUGUGUGGUGGUGAUCACUAGAGAGGUGCCCUAUCUCACUGCUGCAGAGUUUGUAGAGGAGUCUGGGUCUACCCACCAACUGCAGCCUGAGGUUUAUGAGCGCCAGGUUUGUCUUCUCUUACUCCAGCUCUGUAAUGGUUUGGAGCAUCUAAAGGAACAUGGCAUUAUCCAUAGAGAUCUGUGCUUGGAAAAUCUCUUGCUUGUCCAUUGGCAGAAUUCUCCGGAAAAGAUCAAAGAUGUAAAAUAUGUUCCUAGGCUCAUUGUUAGUAAUUUCUCCAAAGCCAAACAAAGAUCUGGGUGUGAGGAGUCAAAGCCAAGGAGAGAUAAAACUAGGCUGGCACCCGAAAUUAUGGCAGCUUCCCAAUAUAAAAAAUUUGAUGAGUUUCAAACAGGAAUCCUUAUUUAUGAACUACUCCAUCAACCCAAUCCAUUUGAGGUCCGCGCAAGCCUUCAUGAACAUGAUUACAGCCAGAAAGAUUUGCCAUCACUUCCAGCUUUGUCUGUUUAUUCUCGUGGGCUUCAGCACCUUGCCCACUUGCUGCUCGAGGCUGACCCAAUUAAACGUAUCCGUAUUUCUGAAGCUAAGCGAGUGCUUCAAUGUCUCUUAUGGGGCCCAAGAAAAGACUUGACUGAUCAACCCUUCAGCCAUGAGGAAGCUUUCCACUGUGCUCUUCAGAACUGGAUUGACAUGAAACGUGCCCUUCUGAUGAUGAAGUUCGCUGAGCAGGCACUUGAGCCCCAGCAAAAUAUUUCACUGGAGGACUGGCUCUGUUGCCAGUACUUAGCAUCAGCAGAUCCAUGUUAUCUGUAUAAAACACUUAAACUCAUUAAGUUAAUUUAACUUGAUUAAGUUAUUUGUCUCCUCAAGUGCCAACAUUUAAAUAUACACCUGGGGAGCCAACUGAUGUGCCCUUUGGCCACCCUGGGUUACUCAAACAAUUCUUUUCAGGAUACUGGCAUUAUCUUUGAUGGAUCGCAGGAGAAUAUUAACGCACAAAUCUCCUUUACUUUGCAUAACUAUUGUUUGUUCUUUAGAUAAACAUUAACACUUCUUGGUUGCUCAAGGAUUCUUAAUUUAUCCCUAUUGUUCUGAAAAUAAAUCUAGUUGUCAAAUAGGGUCACUGCAACUUUUAGUGUUCAGAGCUGCUCCAGUAUAAAUUAAAUGACAUGUACGUCUUAUAAACCUGUUGGCAGGCUUUUCUUGUAACUCCUCAUACUGGUUUGAAAAGAGAGUAAUAUUUUAAAAAUAUGUUGAGAUGUUGAAAGUUUUGUCACUAUUAACAGAAAUUGUUUUCUAGUGCAUUUACUAGACAACAGCACUGUUAUUUUCAGUCACCCAACUGUAUGUUACAGGAGCUGCAUUUUCUUUGCUUUCAGAAAAUACAGGAGCUGGUGGCUGUAGUUUUUAUCCUCAUUAAGACUAACGGUUAAGUUAGUGGAGGUAUUCAUUUCAAUACACAGGGUAUGUGUAGUAGUAAAGUAGUUUUGUGUUCAGCAACAUUGAGAGUUACAAAAUGCCCCCCUCCCCCACUAGCUUUAUAAACACACACAAAAUAUAAAUAUACAUUUUCAUAACCAUGAGAGUUACCUACACAGCUUGAUUAUUAGAUUCAACUGUCUUAAGCUUUAAAUCAGUAAAGUUGCCAUUAAACUGUAGCUUAUGUACAUCCUCCCAGCAUCCGAUAUGUUUUCAGAGAGCGCUGGGAGUUGUAGUUAGACAGCAGCUGGAGAGCCACUGAUUUUUAGAUCCGUAGUAUAAAAAAAUGUGUAAAUAUAUUUUUGUACAUUGUAGAUGUGUAUAUGCUUGUAUAUAUCAAAUUGUCAUAUUGCGUUCUGUCUAAGGGCCUUAAACACAUUGCAGAGCAAUGAUAUAUAUUGGUCACUUGGGCAAUUAAGGUUUAAAAUGUUUACAAAACAAUUUCAAAUGUAAGUACUUAACAUGAUAUACAAGAAAGUUAGGAAACUACUCCUUUGUCUUUUUUGUACUUCUGUAUACUGAACUUUGUUAAAAUAAAAUUAAUAAAUGUUAA